AUGAAACCAGAACAGGUCGUUUGUGCAGUGCCCCAAAAGGGCGUGGAAGCUGUUCUCUCACCCUGUUCUCCCUUUCCUGACAAUGCCACAUCACAAGCUUUGGUUCUGUUUGGUGCCCCUAAGGAAGGUAUUGAGAUUUUUCAUGGAAAUAAAAUGACAAAUACUGAAGGGGUGAAUAAAGGCAUUUACUUUAGCUAUCCAUGUCGACGGCAAAGCUGUGCUUUAGUAAACAUUCCAGCACCAUGUGUCAACAAAAUGAUUUCACACAUUGAAGAUUUGGAAUCUAAAAUACAAGAGCAUUUGAAACGGUUUGAAACUUCUCUUCAGGAAUGGAGAACUUCAUCCACACAAGACCAGAAGGGAGAUUGGAGUAUUGCUACACCAGUGAAAGAGGUUAAACCAGAAGAGAGAGAUGAAAAGUGUCCAGAAUUAAAGCAGGAAAUGGGAACAUUGCUAUCAGAGGCCAUUCAUCUCAUUAAAAGUCUAGAAACUGACCGUGCAGAAGCUGAAGAAGCUUUAAAACAACAAAAAUCAAGAAAGAAGAAGAUUCACAUGAAAAUUGAUUCUUGGUCAGUCUGGAGACUUCAAGAAAUCCCAUUAGCUGUGCAGAAAGAACAUGAGGUCUAUUUGAGAGAUAUUGUAGAAUUACGAUGGCAUCUUGAAGAUAAAGCUUAUCAACUAAAACAUUUUGAGGAACAAAAGGCAAAAUUAGAAGAAGCUAAUGCAAAGCUUCAAGCAGACAUAGACUACAUGAAUAAACUUGGUCCUUUAAUUAACUCAAAACAGAACCAAGAACUUGAAGCUCUGAAAGAAUUUUAUACAAAAAAAUUUGAGGUAAUGGAGUUAUACAAACAAAUUCAUGAAGAACUUGAAGAAGCUAUAGAAAAUGUUGAAAAUGCCAAAUUGAAUGCUAAACAAAUUAGACAAGACAUGGAGCGAGACAUUCAUAGUGAUGAAACAAGCAUAGAAGCCUACAAGAGAGAGAGAGAGAAACUUGACAAUCUAUAUAGUCACUACGCUAUAGCAAUAGAAAAUGUUAAUGUUAGUAUUGAGGAGAAUGAAGAAGCAGUGCAUGAAGCAUUGAAGGAAACAAAGACAUCAACAAAGGAAUUAUCUGCUUUAUCAAAAACGCUAGAUGAUUUGAAAAAAAUUUAUGAUCAACUAUCCUGGAAGAGAAAAAGUAAUGAACAGGAGUAUCAGGAUGUACUUAAUAAUUAUUAUGCCACAAAAAACUCAUGGGAUAUUGAGCUUUCUAAUAUUGCAAAAGACUUUUCAGAUAUUUCAAUUGCAAGUACUCAAUUGACAGAAGAAAACACAAGACUUGAAAUUGAUAUUGAAACGGUAGCAGGUUUAAUCAAUGACAGUAUAAAGAAAAAAGCAGAGUUUGAGUCUGAAAUCCAAUCUUCGAUGAAACUAAGGUCAAAAAACGAUGAAUUUCUUAAACAAUUAUACAGGGAAGCUUAUCAUCUUGGUGCUAUUUUCCACCUAACCAAAGUUAAAACAGAGGAAUUAGAAGAGAAAAUAGCAGAAGUGAGAAGAAAAUUCAAGGGUAGAGAAGAAUUCUUGAAAAAACUCACACGAGGUGAAGUGGCUAAUGGAAUGAUGAUUCAGAAAAGACUGUAUUCCAUUCAAGAAGAACAGAUACUUGAGAGGCAGGAACUUUUGGAAAAGAAAGCAAUGUGUGCCCUAGCAUUGGCAGAACUAGAGACACCUCUGCUUGAACUAGAAGAAGACGCUGUAAGAAUCAGAACUAUCCACAAAGAACAUUCUGAUAUAUUUAAUGAUAUAACUGAGAGGAGAGACAAUGUUAAAAGAAAUGUGGAAAGAACUAAGCAAAAAUUACAAAGAAGGGGGAAGAAAACCCGUGAGGCAAUAACAGAAACUGAGGAAAAAUGCUCGAUAAUUUUUAGAGAAAUAGAGAACACUAAAAGUAAAACAAUUAUUUUUCAUGCAAAAAUAAAUCAGUUGAAUGAGAACUUAAAAGAAAAAGAGAAAGAAAAUAUUACUUUUGCUCAGAUACUUGGGAAUUUAAAAAACGAAUUUAUAACCAUGAGAUACAAAAGGGAGCAUGCACAAGCUGUAUUUGAUCAUCUCAUAAGUGAAAAAAAAAUCUAUGAAGAGAGACUCUAUGAGGAAGAACAGAGAUAUCGAACACUCAUUACCAUGAGGCAAAAAGUUCUGGCAAAUAUUAAAGAAAAACUAAUAGAAGAAGAAAUGUUAAUGCUCUUUAUAAAAGUGAAGCUGAGGAUUCACAAAGCAAGUCCCCAAGGGUGUGGAAUGGAUUCAAAAGACAGAGCCCUGGUGGCAGCCCUAGACCUAGACAUAAGAACCAUCUUCCAUGAGAGAGCAAGAGGGCUGCGAAAGCAG